UGAGCCACCACACUCACCCCACAAGUUUCAUUUUGAAGUAGUCCAGGGGCCUUGGUACUGCAAGGGGUGAGGACUGUGGAUCAAAUAGUGAUGGUUUUAAAUGGGAGGGAAUAAAGUCUGCAAAAUUUCCCCAGAUUAUUUUGAAGAGCUCCUCUCCUCCCCACCCCUCCUAUCCUACUUUCUACAGCCUGGUCUAGGGGCAGGAAAUCUGGAAGAAGAUUCUCGGAGGAGGGCCCCAGAACUCAGCUCCCCAGUUAAUGGCUAAUGGAAUUUGCACAACAGCUGGGCAAAGGCAGCCAAGACAAAGCGAAAGGCAGGGCAGCAUGAGCCGAUCACCCUUCAAUCCCAACCAACUCCGAUCAGUGGGCUCCCAGGAUGCCCUGGCUCCCCUGCCUCCACCUGCUCCCCAGAAUCCCUCCACCCACUCUUGGGACCCUCUGUGUGGAUCUCUGCCCUGGGGCCUCAGCUGUCUUCUGGCUCUGCAGCAUGUCUUGGUCAUGGCUUCUCUGCUCUGUGUCUCCCACCUGCUCCUGCUUUGCAGUCUCUCCCCAGGAGGACUCUCUUACUCCCCUUCUCAGCUCCUGGCCUCCAGCUUCUUUUCAUGUGGUGUGUCUACCAUCCUGCAAACUUGGAUGGGCAGCAGGCUGCCUCUUGUCCAGGCUCCAUCCUUAGAGUUCCUUAUCCCUGCUCUGGUGCUGACCAGCCAGAAGCUACCUCUGGCCAUCCAGACACCUGGAAACUGUGAGCACAGAACAAGGGCAAGGGCCUCCCUCAUGAUGCACCUGUGUAGGGGACCUAGCUGCCAUGGCCAGCGGCACUGGAACACUUCUCUCCAGGAGGUGUCCGGGGCAGUGGUGGUAUCUGGGUUGCUGCAGGGCACGAUGGGGCUGUUGGGGAGUCCUGGCCGCGUGUUCCCCCACUGUGGGCCCCUGGUGCUGGCUCCCAGCCUGGUUGUGGCAGGGCUUUCUGCCCACAGGGAGGUAGCCCAGUUCUGCUCCGCUCACUGGGGGUUGGCCUUGCUGGUUAUCCUGCUCAUGGUGGUCUGUUCUCAACACCUGGGCUCCUGCCAGUUUCAUGUGUGCCCUUGGAGGCGAGCUUCAGCUUCAUCAACUCACACUCCUCUCCCUGCCUUCCGGCUCCUCUCGGUGCUGAUCCCAGUGGCCUGUGUGUGGAUCAUUUCUGCCUUUUUGGGGUUCAGUGUUAUCCCCCAGGAACUGUCUGCCCCCACCAAGGCACCCUGGAUUUGGCUGCCUCACCCAGGUGAGUGGAAUUGGCCUUUGCUGACGCCCAGAGCUCUGGCUGCAGGCAUCUCCAUGGCCUUGGCAGCCUCCACCAGUUCCCUGGGCUGCUAUGCCCUGUGCGGCCGGCUGCUGCAUUUGCCUCCCCCACCUCCACAUGCCUGCAGUCGAGGGCUGAGCCUGGAGGGGCUGGGCAGUGUGCUGGCCGGACUGCUGGGAAGCCCCAUGGGCACUGCAUCCAGCUUCCCCAACGUGGGCAAAGUGGGUCUUAUCCAGGCUGGAUCUCAGCAAGUGGCUCACUUAGUGGGGCUACUCUGCAUGGGGCUUGGACUCUCCCCAAGGUUGGCUCAGCUCCUCACCACCAUCCCGCUGCCUGUGCUUGGUGGGGUGCUGGGGGUGACCCAGGCUGUGGUUUUGUCUGCUGGAUUCUCCAGCUUCUACCUGGCUGACAUAGACUCUGGGCGAAAUAUCUUCAUUGUGGGCUUCUCUAUCUUCAUGGCCUUGCUGCUGCCAAGAUGGUUUCGGGAAGCCCCAGUCCUGUUCAGCACAGGCUGGAGCCCCUUGGAUGUAUUACUGCACUCACUGCUGACACAGCCCAUCUUCCUGGCUGGACUCUCAGGCUUCCUACUAGAGAACACAAUUCCUGGCACACAGCUUGAGCGAGGCCUAGGUCAAGGGCUACCAUCUCUUUUCACUGCGCAAGAGGCUCGAAUGCCUCAGAAGCCCAGGGAGAAGGCUGCUCAAGUGUACAGACUUCCUUUCCCCAUCCAAAACCUGUGUCCCUGCAUCCCCCAGCCUCUCCGCUGCCUCUGCCCACUGCCUGAAGACCCUGGGGAUGAGGAAGGAGGCUCCUCUGAGCCAGAAGAGAUGGCAGACUUGCUGCCUGGCUCAGGGGAGCCAUGCCCUGAAUCUAGCAGAGAAGGGUUUAGGUCCCAGAAAUGACCAGUAUGCCUACUUCUGCUCUGGUUAAUUUAGCACUAACUCUCAUCUGCUGGAGAAUCAGCUCCCAAACUGUUCUUUCUCAUAGGCAGAGGGUAUGUGUGUGUAUUACAUGGGCCCGCCUAGAGGUUCCAUUUCCCAGUAGGGUGGGUUGCCUUUCCUUGUCUUAAUUAGGCCUAGCUAUUCAGAGCAGAGGCCAUGAUUUAGCGGACCAUGAAUGAAUGAGAUUUUGCCUGUGUACUAUCAACGCCACUUGAACCCCAGCAUUCACUUUAACACGUAUUGAGAAUCUCCCAUGUGCAAGGUCCUGGAACUACAGGGUUAAGACAGGGUCCAUGCCCUCUCAAGGCAUUUACGGUUUAAAAAGACCUUUGUAAUUACUAACGAAAAUGCAAAGCAGAAAGCAGUCUGUAAUAAAGAUUAAAAUAAUGCUGUGGGAGCAAAGA